UGGCUUCUCCUGGGUCUAAGGCCUGAUUUAUGACUAUUUCUUCUGCUGCUACAGGUUUGCCAGGACCUGCAGGGCAAACAGGAAAGCCUGGACCACCUGGCCCAGCUGGGCCCCAGUGGAACAAUGGCUCUGCUGGAGAACCUGGACCAAAGGGAGACACUGGACCACGUGGACCUCCAGGAUCUCCAGGUUUGCCUGGUCCAGCUGGAAGAGAGGGUCCCUCAGGGAUACAGGGGAAUGUAGGACCUCAAGGCAAACCAGGCCCAAGAGGAGAGGCUGGACCCAAAGGAGAAGUAGGUGCCCCAGGCAUGCAGGGCUCUCCAGGAGCAAGAGGCCCCACAGGUCUUAAGGGCGACAGUGGUGUCCCUGGUGAGCGUGGAGUCCCUGGAAUCCCGGGGCCAGCAGGGACUGCUGGAGCCCUGGGUCCACAGGGACCCCCAGGUGCCAGGGGCCCCCCAGGACUCAAGGGGGACAGAGGUGCUACUGGGGACAAAGGAGCAAAGGGAGAGAGUGGACUUCCAGACAUCACUGCUCUGAGGCAGCAGGUGGUGGCCUUACAGACACAGGUACAACGCCUCCAGCGUGACUUCUCUCAAUAUAAGAAAGCGGUGAUGUUCCCUGAUGGCCGAAGUGUUGGGGUGAAGAUCUUCAAGACAGCAGGAUUUGAAAAAGCUUUUGCGGACGCACAGCAGAUAUGCACACAGGCUGGGGGACAGCUGGCCUCCCCACGCUCUGCAGCUGAGAAUGAGGCUGUGCGACAGCUGGCCUCAGCUCACAACAAGGAUGCGUUCCUCAGCAUGACUGAUGCCAGGACGGAGGGCAAGUUCACCUACCCCACAGGGGAGCCCCUGGUCUACUCAAACUGGGGCCCAGGGGAGCCAAACGACAAAAAUGGGGGAGAGGACUGUACAGAGAUCUUCCUCAAUGGCAAGUGGAAUGACAUGGACUGCAAAGAGAAGCGCCUUGUGAUCUGCGAGUUCUGAGCCACCAAGGGUGAGCAGGGCAGUCAUGACCCAGGAGCCUGGCCAGCAAGUCGGGGCCCAGACCUGUGUGCUGCUUACAUCCCAAUAAAAAGCUGACACCUCU